AUGAUAGAUUGGGAGCUCAUCCGGUAUGCUACUAAUACGGAUAAUAAGCCUACUCCUGGUUAUGCCUUCAAUGAUCUCAUUACCAACAUCAGAGAGAAUCCCCAAGGGGUCCCUGAUGUGGCGGCCUACUUGGCUGAGUGUGUAGCUGGUGAUCACGCUCAUGUAAAACUGAAAGCAUUGUUAUGCAUGAAACACUUGGCGAAUAGAGUGCCUCCCUUCCGCAUACAAUUGCGAUCCUAUGCUGCUGUUAUAGAGCAAGCUACUCAAUUCACUGGGCCUCCUAGUCCUACAUAUGGUGACGAACCCUACCGUUUAGUUCGGGAUACUGCUACCGCUGUCUGGGACAUAACGUUCAAUCAG